CUGGAUUCUGCCAGAUGUUCCUGGGAUUACUGUAAAAGGGAAGGAGAGGCAGAGCUAAACAAGGUUCAUGAUUUAAAAGUGCCUGUGGGAAGUCACUUCGGCUGGAAACUGCAGCCAGGGAGCUCCUGUGUUUUCAAGUCUUGUUUUCCUGUCCAAUACACGUUACGUCGACCUUACAAGUGGAUGAAGAUACCUCAGUUGUCUGACUUUACCAACUACUUGUUUUCAGAGUUUAUAAAGGUGGGAGGGAACAGAAAUCCUGCUAAGAUCUGAACAUCUAAGUGGCUUCUUCUCCAGCACCAUCGAUAGCUGCGAGCAUCAGAACUAAAUAUAUUCUCCCAAGGAGUGCUGUGAUAUUGAAGUUCCUUAUUAAAAACAGUGUGUCUGCAAAACCAUCAGGAGAUUCGGACACUGACAGCCAGAGAUGACACUGAGCAUGCUUUUAUUUCGGCCUGCAGUCUUCAGGUGGGGCACAUUGAUUGAUGAGUGACUGCUUGCCAAUACGUUCUCUUCUCACUCUAUUCCUUGGAUUGGACUUCAUUAAGCAAUUUAUCACUUAACCUUCAGACUUACAUGUGGGGUUUUUCACAACAAUAGUUUUGCAUCAUUGGAACUUUGGGUUGAUUUAAUCACUUAACAGAAACGAACAGAAUCCAAAUUACUUGAUUGCCAUGGCUUUGAAUGUUGCCCCAGUCAGAGACACUAAAUGGCUGACAUUAGAAGUCUGCAGACAGUUCCAGCGAGGAACCUGCUCACGCUCCGACGAGGAGUGCAAAUUUGCUCACCCUCCCAAAAGUUGCCAGGUUGAAAAUGGAAGAGUAAUCGCCUGCUUUGAUUCCCUAAAGGGCCGUUGUUCAAGAGAGAACUGCAAGUAUCUUCACCCUCCAACACAUUUAAAAACUCAACUAGAAAUUAAUGGGAGGAACAAUUUGAUCCAGCAAAAAACUGCAGCAGCAAUGCUUGCCCAGCAGAUGCAAUUUAUGUUUCCAGGAACCCCACUUCAUCCAGUGCCCACUUUUCCUGUAGGUCCCGCAAUAGGGACAAAUACGGCGAUUAGCUUUGCUCCUUACUUAGCACCUGUAACCCCUGGAGUUGGGCUAGUCCCAACAGAAAUUCUACCCACCACACCCGUUAUUGUUCCCGGAAGUCCACCUGUCACUGUCCCGGGCUCAACUACAACUCAGAAACUUCUCAGGACUGACAAACUGGAGGUAUGCAGGGAGUUCCAGCGAGGAAACUGUGCCCGGGGAGAGACCGACUGCCGCUUUGCACACCCCGCAGACAGCACAAUGAUCGACACCAAUGACAACACCGUAACCGUUUGUAUGGAUUACAUAAAGGGGCGUUGCAUGAGGGAGAAAUGCAAAUAUUUUCACCCUCCUGCACACUUGCAGGCCAAAAUCAAAGCUGCGCAGCACCAAGCCAACCAAGCCGCGGUGGCCGCCCAGGCAGCUGCAGCCGCGGCCACAGUCAUGGCCUUUCCACCUGGUGCUCUUCAUCCUUUACCAAAGAGACAAGCACUUGAAAAAAGCAACGGUGCCAGCACGGUUUUUAAUCCCAGCGUCUUGCACUACCAGCAGGCUCUAACCAGUGCACAGUUGCAGCAACACACGGCGUUUAUUCCGACAGAUAAUUCUGAAGUAAUCAGCAGAAAUGGAAUGGAAUGCCAAGAAUCUGCAUUGAGAAUAACUAAACAUUGUUACUGUACAUACUAUCCUGUUUCCUCCUCAAUAGAAUUGCCACAAACUGCAUGCUAAAUAAAGAUUUAGUUCUUCUGGACAGACCACAACUCUAAGGAGCUAGUGCUGCUAUAUCAUAUAUGAGUAUUAAAUAUGGUAUGCUUAGUAUAUUCCAACCUAAGAUAGUUAACUACCUGAGACCAGCUGUGAUGUUUAAAGACAUAAAGGAUCAAGUUUACUUUGAAAGGAUUUCUAAACAUAGUUUCUGUCCUAGGAAUAUUGUCUUAUCUCCAUAACUAUAGCUGAUGCAGAAAGUCCAACCAAUUUACUCAUUUCGACUCAGAAUAUUUCAAAGUUAGCAAUAAACAAUUAGCAGUAGUUUAAAACCUAUUCCAAGGGCAGGUUCAAUUCCAACUCCAAUUACUGUCAUUUCAUUUUCCCACUGGAUCAAAGGGUAUGUUUCACUUCUUGACACAAAUGCUGCAGCAAAAAUGAGAAGUGAAGUAAAAAACUGAUACCUGUCCUGCAGGUCUAAAAUUUGAAUGGAAAUUCAAGCACAAGUACUGGGGACACAUCAAAGUGUGGUAUUUUGUUUGCCUGGAGAUGCCGUAUUGAAUCAUGUGAUUCUAGAAUAACAUUAACUAGAUUGCAAAAGAAACUUUGCACGGUAUGAGCUUCAUACCCCACCAAACAAAGUCUUGAAGGUAUUAUUUUACAAGUAUAUUUUUAAAGUUGUUUUAUAAGAGAGACUUUGUAGAAGUGCCUAGAUUUUGCCAGACUUCAUCCAGCUUGACAAGAAUGAGAGGCCCAUGUCAAGAGUCUAAUCUAAUGGAUUAGUCUUUCAAACUCACCAUCCGUUUGCCUGUUACAGAAUAACUCUUCUAAACUAAAAACCUAGUCCAAUAAGGAAGCUGUAGGUGAGGAGAUCUGUAUAAUAUUCUAAUUUAAGUAAGUUUGAGUUUAGUCACUGAAAAUUUGACUGUGACUUUAAUCUAAAUUACUAUGUAAACAAAAAGUAGGUAGUUUCACUUUAUAAAAAAUCCAUUACUGUUCUGCAUUUCAAAAAAGUUGGAUUAAAGGGUUGUAACUGACUACAGCAUGGAAAAAAAUAGUUCUUUUAAUUCUUUCACCUUAAAGCAUAUUUUAUGUCUCAAAAGUAUAAAAACUUUAAUACAAGUACCUACAUAUUAUAUAUACACAUACAUAUAUAUACUAUAUAUGGAUGAAACAUAUUUUAAUGUUGUUUACUUUUUUAAUACUUGGUUGUUCUUCAAGGUAAUAGCGAUACAAUUAAAUUUUGUUCAGAAAGUUUGUUUUGAAGUUUAUUUUAAGCACUAUCGUACCAAAUAUUUCAUAUUUCACAUUUUAUAUGUUGCACAUAGCAUAUACAGUACCUAUGUAGUUUUUAAAUUAUUGUUUAAAAAAUGAAACAGCUGUUAUAAAUGUAAUUGUUUAAAACAUCCAUUUUUUUGUGAACAUAUUAGUGAUUGAAGUAUUUUGACUUUUGAGAUUGAAUGUAAAAUAUUUUAAAUUUUGGCCUCACAGCCUGUUCUGAAAACUAUAUGCACCAACCAUAUCAUUUUUUUUUUUUAGUCAAAAAGAAAUUCACCAUUUUAAUUAAUGUUGGUCAAAGUCUAAUGACUCUUUAUCUUAUAUCAUAGAUUUGAUAACCCUAUCAGAAGAAAUCAUUCUAAGUGUAAUCUUACAUAGUGCUUGUAUUGUUAACAUUUGUUUUAAUUUGUGGGAAAGUAUUGUAUCUAACUUGUAUUUCUUUGGUAGUUUCAUCUUUAUGUAUUAUUGAUAUUUGUAAUUUUCUCAACUAUAACAAUGUAGUUAUGCUACAACUUGCCUAAAACAUUCAAACUUAUCUUCUUUUUUCUUUUUGUCUUUGUUAAUUCACUUAAACUCAUUGAAUACAUAGUAUACAUUACUAAAGGUAAAUUAUGUGAUCACUGAAAUAUUUUUGUAGACUAAUUGUUGUAACAUUGUCUUUAUUUUUUUUCUUUUAUUUCAUGAUUUUGAUGUUAAAAAUCAUUAGCACACAACUAUUUUCAGCCCUUUAAUGAGCAUCAACAACAUCACCUGUAUCCCCAAGCAAAUAUAGAGGACUGUAUUUUUACUAUGAUAUCCAUUUUCCAGAAUUGUGAUUAUAAUAUGCAAAGAGUCAUAAAUAUGCCAUUUACGAAAGGAGGAGGCAAGGCAAAUGCAUAGAUGUACAAAUAUAUGUACAACAGAUUUUGCUUUUUAUUUAUUUAUAAUGUAAUUUUAUAGAAUAAUUCUGGGAUUUGAGAGGAUCUAAAACUAUUUUUCUGUAUAAAUAUUAUUUGCCAAAAGUUUGUUUAUAUUCAGAAGUCUGACUAUGAUGAAUAAAUCUUAAAUGCUUUGUUUAAUUACAAAAACAAAAUCACCUAUAUCCAAGACAUGAAGAUAGCAAUUCAACAAAUACUGUAGUUAAGAGAUGAACUCGCCACUUGUAUGGGAACUACAUUUCACUCUUGGUUUUCAGGAUAUAAUAGCACUUCACCGAAAUAUUCUUUUAGCCAUACCACUGGUAACAUUUCUACUAAACCUUUCUGUAACACUUAAAGAAUUUCCUCAUUCAUUACCUUACAGUGUAAACAGGAGUCUAAUUUGUAUCAAUUCUAUGUUUUGGUUGUAAUAUUCAGUUCACUCACCCAAUGUACAACCAAUGAAAUAAAAGAAGCAUUUAAAAGGA